AAUAAUGGCCAGUAGUAACAAAGCGAACUAGCGAAGCGUGAAUAGCAAACAAUGACCUAAACAUAUUCUUAAAGUACCGCUUGUAGCACGGGAACGCUAUUCUACAUAGGUCACAACAGCAUACAAUUUGAUGAGUUUAAGGCUAACAAAUUUCCUCUCUUUUUUUCUCUUUUUUUUCUCUUUUUUUUUUCAACAUGAAUAAAUAUUUUUAUUCCAUUGAGGCGUCUGGUCCAUAUUUCAAGCAAAGCAUUACAAACGAACACGCACACAUUAUAUAUAUAACAUAUCAGACUUGUCUACUGGUUCAUUUGUAAGGCUUUUCGUCAACAGUAAAGUUUAAGGAAGUAAGUAUCUUAUUAGAAAACUUUACAAAACUUUCAAACUAUUAAUUUUAUUAAGUCCUUUUUUAUUCCUUAAAGUUGCUGAUAUCGGAUACAUAUUAAGUUUACAAUUUGUAUUAAAAUGGAGGAUACUGAAUUUAGUUUCAGUACCUGUUCCAUGAAUAUUAGUACAGAACUUAGCCUUUUAAAUCAGAUACACCUUAAAUUUACUUGGUCCCUCAAGUUUGCGGUUCCAUCGUCAGGACAUUUUCUAGCAUUCUUUUUUUAUCAUUGCACUGCUAAGACUAGAAAAUGUCACAACCUAUUGUCAGUCAACCACAGGGCCAGGGCCCACCAGAAUAUAGUACUAUCAUACAAGCUGGUUAUGGGGCUCCACCAGGUCAAUACGGAGCACCGCCAGGCCAAUACGGGGCACCACCAGGCCAAUACGGAGCACUGCCAGGCCAAUAUGAGGCUCCUCCAGAAUAUGAGGCUCCUCCAGAAUAUCAGUAUCAGAACCAGCAGUAUACCCAGGGUCAACCUCAAAUGCAGCCAAUGCCUGGACAACCUGAACAACCUGUCCAGUGGAUGAGUCAUCCACAGAUUAUUCCCGGUUGUCCGCUGGGCUUGGAGUAUCUCACACAGGUAGACCAGCUGUCCGUCGAUCAACAAUUCGAAAUUCGCAGAAUGUUUAUUGGGUCGGAAAAGGUGAACACAUACAAAGUUGUCAACAAUCUGGGUCAGCAGGUGUAUUUUGCAAAAGAAGAAUCUGAUAUAUGCACAAGACAGUGUUGUGGCCCACAGCGAGGAUUUAUUAUGCAUAUUACUGACAACACGGGACGGGAGGUGAUCCGAGUACAGAGGGAGUUGAAAUGUUUUGCGGGUUGUUGCUGGUGUGCCGAUAUUGAUUGCUGUGCUCACUUCCUUACCGUUGAGUCGCCUGUUGGAAAACCAAUCGGAUAUGUCAGACAGUUGGGAAGCAACUGGGAACCACGGUAUGCUAUUCUUGAUGCUAACAUGGACAUGAUUCUCCAGAUUAAGGGCCCAUGCUGUAUUUGUGAGGGACCUUGCUGCACCUGGGAUCAGGAAUUCAAUGUUUUCUCUAAAGAUGAGAGUACAGAGGUUGGCCAAAUCAGUAAACAGUGGAGUAGGCCAUUUCAAGAAACGUUUACUAACGCUAACUACUACGGUGUUACAUUUCCAAUGGAUCUUGAUGUGAAAAUGAAGGCGGUUCUCUUGGCAGCUGUCUUCCUCAUUGAUUUCAUGUUCUUUGAGCGGAAAGAGAAAGACAAAUAUUAAAAUUAAAUUCAGAAAAAUGGACGACGGUAAACUACAGUGAACUACAGUGAACAAACUAACAGACUGAUUGAAAUUUUACCAACAUUCCAAUUUGUUUCAUGUGUGUAAUUUUAUGCUUUUUUUAUAUGUAAUCUACAUUUAGUGUAAUAUUCUUUGUGAAAGUCAUAUUACAUGCAUGUAUCUGUGAAGUGUUCAGGAGGCAGAGCGCUUGCUGACAAUUUGACAUGUACCAAGUCUUCUGUCAUAUCACAUUCAUCUAAUGUUGGGCGUGGAAACCAGUCUAGUUAGGGACCGCAAUCACUCUCUCUCUUGAACUCACCUCUGUUGAUUGAUGUUUAACAAAUACAUCAAAAAUAUUUCUCUACUAGCCCUACUAUACUUCUUUAUGUACCUUUAGCCUUUUCUUUUUUUUACUUGCCAUCAGGCAUCAUGGAAUGAAAUUUUUACUGACCCUACUAUGUAAUCCGCUCGCCAUCAGCAUGGGUGUUGGGCUACUGUAUUCUAGAAGUUCUGAUUUAGCACCCGUCCAUGAACGUUUCUAUCAAUGUGUGUGUGGUUUUUUCUGCAGAUUUUAAAUUUAAUUUUUUAAUUUUAAUUUUUUAAUUUUUUUUCUUCUUGUUUUUUAAAUAUAUAUAUAUAUAUAUAUUUUUUUUUUUUUUUUUUUUUUUUUUUUAAUGAAUUGGAUUAAUCGUGAAGGUUACUUCACAAAUUAUUUCUUUAUUCAUCAAGUCAGUUUAUGGUAAAUGAGAUGGUUAAUUCCACGGAAUUCUUGGUUUUUAUUUUAAUUCAUUAUGACCAAAUAAACUUAUAUAUAUAUAGUGCAAGUCUUUCAAAUUAAGGUAUAUUAUUGUAGUAUUAUUAUUAAAGUAUAUAUUAUAAUUAUAUAUCUGUUAUUUUAUACAUUGUUAACAUUUCCUUGCUAUACUUACAAGUCAGAGUUCUGUGAAGGUUAACUAGCACAGUUUUUGAAAAUUUAUUUUGUAUACAGUUUUCAGAACUUGUUUUAUUAGAAUGAAAAUUAGGAAAACUUGGUCAAUUUACACAAAUGUUAUUUAUUUUUCAUAGAUGUUGGAUAUUAAUGUAAAUAUACUACUGGCAUAUUGGCUGUGGACAGCACAAGCUAGACUAAAAUGUUAUUUAUUUUUCAUAGAUGUUGGGUAUUAAUGUAAAUAUACUACUGGCGUAUUGGCUGUGGACAGCACAAGCUAGACUAAUAUGUGAUAUUUUAUAGAUGUUGGAUAUUUAAUGUAAAUAUACUACUGGCGUAUUGGCUGUGGACAGCACAAACUUGACUAAUAUGUGAUUGUUUCAUAGAUGUUGGGUAUUAAUGUAAAUAUACUACUGGUGUAUUGGCUGUGGACAGCACAAGCUAGACUAAAAUGUGAUAUUUUAUAGAUGUUGGGUAACAAUGUAAAUAUACUACCGGCCUAUUGGCUGUUGACAGCAUAAACUAGACUAAAAUGUUAUUUAUUUUUUCAUAGAUGUUGGGUAUUAAUGUAAAUAUACUACUGGUGUAUUGGCUGUGGACAGCACAAGCUAGACUAAUAUGUGAUUUUUGAACCUAUCCGUUAGAUUUUUAAUAUUCCUGUAAUUGUUUGUAUUUUACUGUUGUAACCAAAAAUCUAAAGACCAAACAUAAAAUAUGAUUUGUUGUCCCUAAGUGCUUACAGGCGAUCUUUUCUUCGCACCACCACAAGAUGUUGAGCUGAAAUUGUGUACUAAACUGAAGGCCCAAACAAACUGUACAAUAGUUUUAAAUCACUCUGGUUUAAAAACAACAAAAAACAAAAGAUAGAUGCAUGAAGUAAAAUGUAUUUAAAAGAUCAAUAUGUCAACGUAAUCAACACUAAAAAUAACAGUCAUACAUGCAGCAUCCGAUAAUGAUGUCAGAGUUGCCCAAAGUGAUGUGGGGUACUUUCAACGUCAUGGACAAUACACAGAUCAAUAAGAAGUCACUUUAAUAGCGUGUGUGACCACCCCAUGCCCCAAUACAUGCAAAAACUCUCCGACGCACAGAAAAAGUUGGUCGUCUGAUGAGGUCACGUGGGAUACGUCACCAUUCUUCUUGGAGGGCCUGGAUCAAUUCUUGUUGGUUGGCUGGAGGGUGUGGAAGUUGUUGAACACGACGAUCUAUGACAUCCCAUAGGUGUUCUAUCAGGGACAUGUCUGGUGAGCAUGUAGGCCAUGGCAACACGUUGACGUUGUUGGCUCCAAGGAAGUUCUGAACGAUUCUGGCUGUAUGGGGUCUGGUGUUGUCAUAGUGAUAAAGGACACCACGUGGCUGCUGUUGGAGAAAUGGUAGGACAAUCGGACGAAGAAUGUCAUCCAUGUAACGCUGAGCUGUCAAGUUUCCAUUAACGAUGACCAGUUUCCAUUAACAAUGACCAGUUUCAAUUAACGAUGACCAUUUUCCAAUAAUGAUGACCAGUUUCAAUCAACAAUGACCAGUUUCCAUUAACGAUGACAGUGGUGUCCUCUUUCCCACAGAUCCCUCCCCACACCAUGACACUACCUCAUGAACACAACAAGCCGCUGUUCGUUCUCCCCUUCUGCAGUAAACACGCCCUCUUCCAUCAACUCUAAACAAACAGAACGGGCUUAAAUCAGUGAAGACGACCCUCUGCCAGUCACGUCCCUGCCAAUGUCGUACAGUCUGGGCCCAUCUCAAUCUCAGACGACGAUGUUGCGCCGUCAAUAACUGUCCUCUGUGUGGUCUGUAAGCACUUAUUCCAUAAGCCCUGAGUUGCCUGGCCACUGUCUGUCGAGUAACCCUCUGACCUAAGGUAUUUGUCACUGAUGUCACUGUCAGGAAACAAUUCCGGAGAUGCAAGGUACACAAGUACCGGUCAUCAUGGGGCGUGGUCACCCUGGGUCUACCUGUUCUUGGCCUGUCUUAUGUCUGUUAUGUCCACCUGUAACGUUGCAUCAAGUUCGUUACAGCAACACGUCACUGUCAGGAAACGAUUCCGGAGAUGCAAGGUUCCCAAGUACCGGUCAUCAUGGGGCAUGGUCACCCUGAGUCUGCCUGUUCUUGGCUUGUCUGAUGUCUGCUGUCCGCCUGUAACGUUACAUCAAGUUCGUUACAGCAACACUGGAACAACCGAAGAUUCUUGCGAUGUUGGCAUGGGUGGCUCCCAUCUGUAUCAUAUCCAGGGCUCGCUCGCAUUGUUCGGGUGUCAGUCGUGGCAUUCCUAUGGUGAUUUUUUAUCAUUGUGGAUGUCUGACAUGCCGUCUAAACCAUUUUCAUACCCUUAUUGCACGUGCAGUUGCGGUUCAUGGGGCACAUGCUUUUCUCUACUUCGCGUGUUCCCCCAAAAACGUGCUGUGGACGGGUAUCAUUUUCUGAAGUACAGUAUUGUGGUAUUUGGGCUACGUGUUUUGGAUUGAUUUAGUUGGAACUUGUUUUUCUGAAAUUUCAAUUUUAAAGUGGUAAAGUUUCUUAUGGCCUUCAGUUUAUAUUGCCUUAUCAUGUACAGAUACAUACCAAGUUUGACUUUCAUGGGGAUUUAGGUGAUGGCUAAUCGUAGGUAAUGCCAGGUUUAAAUUACAUACACAGGCUGCUUGUUAUAGAGUUUCUUGCAAGAGGUCCUGGUACUCUGUAUUCAUUGGUCUAUGCAAGUGGCAGGAACUUGUAUAGUAGCAUAACUCUGUGCCCACCACAUCUAUACGUAAGCUUUCAAGUAAUGUCUUGUUUUCAAAUUGCUUGUACUCAGAUGCUUAAAGUACUGUAGAAAAAUUGCUCCCUCCCUCCCACACCUUUUAAAAAACAAAUGAAAAAUAUAUUAAUUAUGUAUAUAUUUAAUUUGUGGAAUGGAAUUUGUUUAUGUAUUAUUACGGGACUUUAUUAAAUUGACUAAAUAAUGCAUGUACAUUGCUGGAAGUUUUAGAGGAAAGGACUUGUUAAAACAAUUGCUGUAAAAUUAAUUGUUGUUAAUUUUUAUUGAUGUAGUUAGUAUUCAAAUGUAGGUUAGUUGAAGCAAGAAAUGCUUUGUGCCCGGAUGUGUGUUGUGUUUUAACCAUUUUUGACACAGUUAUGGCCAGACCAAGUUUGAUUUUCAUGGGAAUAUAUUCAAGGGCCAUAACUCUGACCCCCUAAAAAGGCAUUUAUCCAUGUUUGACAGAGUUAUGGCCCUUGAACUUAGGUGAUACAAACAUUUGUGUUGCCCGGUAGGGGACGGGUAUUACUUUAGCAAUACUCUCAGAAUGCUUGUUCUUACUUAUGUUAUUUUGGUUCAUACAACAUUAUAUUUUAUUACUGGCCUCGGUGGUGUCGUGGUUAAGCCAUCGGACAUAAGGCUGGUAGGUACUGGGUUGACAGCCCGGUACCGGUUCUCACCCAGUGAGAGUUUUAACAACUCAAUAGGUAGGAGUAAAACCACUAUACACCCUCUUUUCUCUCACUAACAACUAACCCACUGUCUUGGACAGACAGCCCAAAUAGCUGAGGUGUGUGCCAAGGACAGCAUGCUUGGACCUUAAUUGGAUAUAAGUACGAAAAUAAGACACCCAUAGGACAAAGUGAAAAGUCUACUUUUAAUGGCUAUCUGCUUUUAAGAGGGUUAUAUAUACAGUAUAUAUAUUACUCUCUGUCCUGAUAUAUAGAAAAAGGACCAUGAAAAACAUCUGUUUUUGAAGGAAUAGACUUCUUUCUCAUUCUACUGCGCAUGUGCCCAUUGCGGAGUUACUCGAGGACGCAAACCGCGAGAUCUCGCCAAAAUAGACCUAUCUGCAAAUUGGGGGGCAAAAGCAAUGGGAGGCCACGACCAUUGUUCUAUUAUUAACU